AAGUGGUAAGACCGACACUAUAAAUAUGACACAAAAAACACUAACAGACAACAAUAGUCAUACAUAUUUACCACACACAAAAAAAUAAAAAAUGUUUUCGGCUACAAAGGCCUUCAUUCUGUGCUACUUAGGUGUUAUUAUGAUUGGAGGCGCAACGCAAGUUAAUGCUUCAAUUCGUUGUUGUACGUUUGAAGUGGUAAAUUCUGCACACACUAGACUAUGCACCAAAAAGACUAUGCUGACCAUAAAUGGACAGUUCCCGGGGCCAACCAUAUAUGCUAGGAGGGGAGAUCUGAUUACAAUGAAUAUUGUGAAUCGCGCCGAUCAAAAUAUCAGCAUCCACUGGCAUGGAGUAAAAAUGCCCCAGUAUCCAUGGUCAGAUGGCACCAACUAUGUGACGCAGUGCCCAAUUGAACCUGGACAAAAGUUUACCCAACAAAUUAUUCUCUCCGACGAGGAAGGCACAUUGUGGUGGCACGCUCACAGCGAUUGGGCUCGGAAUUCUGUGUAUGGCGCCAUUGUCAUUCUACCGCCCAGGACUGAGUCUUUUCCUUUCCCCACCCCUCAUGCCCAUCUUCCCCCCAUCCUAAUAGGAGAGUGGUGGAAUACCGAGAUUGAAACAGUCUUCAAGGAGUUUCUCGAGACUGGAAGAGAUCCUGAAGUUGCUAAUGCUUUCCUCCUCAAUGGCCAACCAGGCGACUUGUAUCCAUGCUCAAGCCAAGAUACGUACAAGUUGCGAGUGGAAUAUGGGAAAACUUACUUGAUCAGAUUGGUUAAUGCGGUGCUGGACAACGUCAUGUUCUUCAAAAUUGCUAACCACGAGCUUACCGUGGUUGGCGCUGACGGCGCCUACACGAAGCCGCUGACGACCGAUUACGUUGCGAUGCCCCCCGGCCAGACCCUGGACUUGCUGCUGGAGGCUAACCAGCCACCCAGCCAUUAUUACAUGGCCACCAGAAUGUACACCAGCGGAGCUACCGUCAAAAGCCCCACCAACCCCACCACAGUAAUCAUCGAGUACGUCGGGAACUACACGCCGCCGCCAUCACCGCUUCUUCCAAGUUUCCCCGAUGUCGGAGACUCAGCGGCGGUCAGCAACUUCACCAACCGACUGAGAAGUCUAGGCAACGACGUGGAUGUUCCUAAGAAGGUGGAGGAAUUCCUGUUCUACACUCUAUCGAUGAAUCUAAUGCCGUGUCUGAAAAGCACGUGUUCGGAGUCGACUAGGCUGCUGGCAAGCGUGAACAACGUGUCGUUGGUGCUUCCCCGACUGGACAUUCUACAGGCUUAUUACAGAGGGAUCAAUGGAGUUUACACAGAGGAUUUCCCAGACUUCCCGCAUUUAUCUUACGACUUCACCGGCGUUGUGAUACCCGAAGAAGAGGCGGGGUUGAACUUCGGAACAGCGGUUCGGAUGCUGGAGUAUAACACCACGGUGGAAGUGGUGUUUCAAGGAGCCAACCUUCACAUCGAACAUCCCAUACAUCUACACGGAUACAGCUUCUACGUGGUCGGAUCCGGUUUAGGGAACUACAACAGAAUCAGGGAUGUGGCCAACUACAAUCUGGUCGACCCGCCGUUGAUGCAAACCAUUGCAGUGCCCAAAAGCGGAUGGACCGCAAUAAGAUUUAAGGCAAACAAUCCCGGAGUGUGGUACCUGCAUUGCCAUAUCGAGCGUCAUAUCACCUGGGGAAUGGGAAUGGUGUUCAUCGUCAAAGACGGGGAACGUCCCCAUGAGAAGAUGUUGCCACCUCCGCCGGAUAUGCCACGUUGCUGAAAAUUCUUCUUCUACUUUUCCCAUGAAUAAAACUCCUCAUCAUCUUCUGCUUCCAUAUUACUGUGUAUGCCCAUCAUAUGCACUGUAGAGAAUAUGUAUGUAGAGAAAGACCCCCCUUUUUCUCUACGAUGUAGCGUAGUCUAUAGUUGACAUAGACUACAUUUGUCACGCACAUACUCUACGGUUAUCACAUGUAGUCUAUAGUGUGCAAUAGACUACACUUCUAAACCGUAGGUAAUUUUUUUUUCAUUGUAGUGUAUGUUUACUUUUGUUUACGGUUUUAAUGGAUCUAUGCAUUGUAUGUCUGUGGUUGAAUUGAUGAUAUCUUGAAAAUGAAUAGAGGUUUGCUGUUGUUGCUGA